AUGGGAUUUCCAGUGGGGUAUACAGAGGUUCUCUUUCCGAAGCUGUUUCUGAACUUGCUCUCUGUUUUGGGUUUCAUCAGAAAACUGAUCUGCACCCUGUUCCGCUAUCUGGGUCUCCACGAUUUCCUCGAACCCGACAUUGCCUGGCCCGACGCUUCCACCCGGAUACCCGAAUUCGAAUCGGUGUCGGCUCUCCUGAUCCGGGAAAUCCUGCCGGUGGUGAAGUUCCGGGAACUGGUGGACCCACCCGAGAGCUGCGCGGUGUGUCUGAGCGAGUUCGACGAAAACGAUGAGAUCAGACGGCUGGCGAACUGUCGACACAUAUUCCACCGAGGAUGCCUGGACCGUUGGAUGGGGUACGAUCAGAGAACGUGCCCCCUGUGCCGAACACCCUUCAUACCAGAUGAUUUGCAAGGUUCCUUCAACGAGAGACUCUGGGCUGCUUCUGGGAUCCCUGAAUUUUACUCUGAUUACCCUCAUGUUGGUUCUUUAUAG